CAGCAGCAGCAGAAGCUCGGUGCAUGUCCUGUUUGAAAUGUUGGAAAUACUAACUUGCCUCCUAGCACGCACUCUCGCGCUAGCUGCAGCGCACACUCCUGAGCCACCGAUGUACGCAGGCCCAUACGAAGCUUACAGAUAUGAAGACGCGAACAGGGUUCUUCGGUAUAAAGGUGAUGUUCAUUUGUUUCGCGCCUCUUUUGGCUGGAAUCCGUACAACACAAAGUGCAUGAAAUCAAGGUAUUUAACAGAGAGUGACAACGUGGUACGACGUACAAUUGAGUACUACGGAAUCCCUGUCCGCGGCUCCACCUUCCAAUAUAAUAUUAUCAAACAUUGGAUGAAGGUAAUCAAGCCGAGGAAUUCCCAGCCGUAUAUCUAUUCAGCUGAAGAUAAAACUAAAGUUGAGAAGAAGACUACGGAAAAGCCUGUAAAAAAUCCACCCGCCAGCUUACCAGCGACGUUGGCACCACGUGAACUGGAAUACGAUGGGAUAACGCUCGCUGAAGACGAAUAUUUGACGUACGUGCUCUAUGCUGAUGACAAGUGUGUCUUGACUGGACACUACAAUCAGACAGGCGAGAGCCUCGUACUGCUGCCUCUCCAGAAGCUGGAAUGCCUCCACCGCGGCGAGAGUGCAGCAUUCAAGCGCCAGUUCAGGGUGACGAGGGAGACGUUCUGGAGCCUGAUGGCGAUCCUGUGGGGAGACAGUCCCGCCACAACACACGGAUGGUGGGCCUCAGUGGGAGCUCGGAGCUGCGAAGAAGAGGCAGACGAAUUUCCCGCUUCACCCGCCAUUUUGUUUAGACAGCAAAGUAGCCUGCUGCCUGCAUGCUGCCUACUACGACAGCAAAGUAGCCUGCUGCUGCAUGCUGCCUACUACGACAGCAAAGCCUGCUGCCUACUACGACAUAAUUAUUCCUUUUGCAAGUUGGCGAGGUACCUACCACGGGUUCUUAAGGCAACGCGCGCCCCCGCAAGCAAAGUAGCCUGCCUGCAUUACAAUAAGUGGCAACAGAUGUUGCUGCUGAUUUUUCUUCCUGUAAGUUGGUUAUAUCUUGAAAAAUAUUAUUUAUACCUAAAGCGCUGUUUGUUUCCGUGAAGGCGAUCUCGGAUUUGAUAAGUCUGGCUUCCUGUGGUUCACCUUGACUAAUAAUAAUAUCUGGGGUUUUACGUCCCAAAACCACGAUAUGAUUAUGAGAGACGCCGUAGUGGAGGGCUCCGGAAAUUUUGACCAUCUGGUGUUCUUUAACGUGCACCUAAAUCUAAGUACACGGGCCUCUACCAUUUCGCCUCCAUCGAAAUGCGACCACCGCGACUGGGAUCGAACCCGCGACUUUCCGGUCAGCAGCCGAGCACCGUAACCGCUAUACCACCGCGGCGGACAUUCACCUUGACUGGGUGUUCAUACCUGUGUGCUUUGUAAUUGAUGGGCCUUGAAACCAAACGCUCCUUGCGCAAUUCACAUGUUUCGACACCUGGUGCGAUUCGACGCUUCUACCACGCAUGUGUUAACGACACUCCUCGCUCUCUCGAAGUAUUUGUGAGAGCUGCCAGGGCACUCUGAAAACAGUUUCACAAGAUGAGGAGAAACUAUGGGCCGCAUGACACACUGCUGCAGCCACCACGUCACAUAACUGCAGAUAAUCCUGAAAGGUAUUGACGCAUACUGCCGCGAAUGUGUAAGAAAAUCAUUUCAGGGCCUAAGCGACCUCUUUGGGUAGGCGCUAAUUAAACGUAUUACUCUUGCUCAAAACUUGCACGGGCUUCGUUUCACGGGAAGCAUAAUAGCUCUAGCUUUAGAGUCAGGUUUACUGCAUGACUCAAGACAUCUGGGUGUUUUCUAGAGCGGAUACAGCGCUGGAAUGCGAAAACUGCUUAUUCAGGGGUACGUCAAAAGGCGUCUAUGAAAGGCGGGGUUUCAAAUGUGCGUUAAAAGGACUCGGGUAUUGGUUUGUUUAAAAGUGGUGUUGAGUGUCGCAAGGACAAUAACACAUAAGUCGUGCUGGAGAACGAGCGCCAUACAAAAUAUCCUCCUUUGAUCCGCCAUAAGCAUUUCCCUACGACGAUAUAAGCUUCGCCACGCCCUUAGCCAAGAUGCCGCGACGGUCCUUUGUGCUCAGGCUUUUCUCACCCCCGGCUGCUUCAUGUAGAGGUGUCGCCUGUGAAUGAAGAACACAGCAGGGUUGCUUCUUCCGUUUUCCCUCUCGAUUGCUUCAUCGUGUCGUGUGUGCUCGUCACAAACCUUCGACGACAGCGACUGCCUUUUUUUAUUCUUCUGCCCCAUCUGCAUAUUACCGUGAAAAAAACAAUCAAACGAAGCCACAUAUAUUAAAAAUUGACAUUUUCGCGGAUAAGGAAACAAAUAUGCCGAUGGCGUAUACCACGUCAAGAAAAAAUUUUAUUGCAACUUUCGGUGUGAAUAAAAUGCAUAACAUA